GCUGCCUUCACUACAUGCCGUGUACUUUGAAUUUGGAUCACUAGAAGAUAACAACUGGAGCAAUCUACUACCAAAGAUACAAACCAUGGAAACCAGGGAUAGACAUUAGGCCCCCACAUCACACCCCAUGCUAUAAGGCCAUGAAAAUGCAAGAACGGAGAUAUACACGCCUGUGCUGGACAAGGAGAAAUCAGCUCUAGGAGCACACAGCGUGGUGGAGAAGACCCUACAAGGUCCAGGUUGCAGAUGAAGAUGGACUCAAAGGAGGGGAUAAGAAAGGAUAUGGCCUCGGAUAUAUAUGCAAAUCAAUUGUUCAGGUCUGAGAAAUCCGGUGGGGGGUCUCGGGCUUCUCUCACUGACCUAUUGCUGUACUCUGUGCGUGAAUGUGCUUGGCAAACCCUUCAGAAUGAGCGAGUUCUGGUAGCUUCUCUGCCUCUGCCUGUUGGCAACUCCAGAGGGACUGGUUCUUACUGGGGGAUCCACUGUUUCUCAGGGGAGGUUGGGAAUAGACUCAGGAAGGUAUCCAUGGCGACGGUCCAGAGACGGGAGCAGCGAGCGAGCCGCCCUGGAGAUGAGACAGCACUGGACCCGGACUGUGGGGUGCAGCUUGUUCACAGGCGUUCCCCUGGGCCCUACCAUCCGGCAGUCACCGCAACAAUGAGGCAGCACAUUGUUAAAUUGUUGUCAAAUGAGCAGCAAGACAAGGACGUGAAUCACCUUGCUGUAACCAUUAGAAUAUGCUCACUGAAGGAAACUGGGGGGAAAAAAGUGGCACUUGAAAAUUGGAAAAAAGAGGAAAAAUUAAUACUAUUUGCAAAAGUUGUAGUUGUCCACAUGGACUAUUUAGAGUACCAACUGAAAACUCAUCAGCAGCACCAUGAAAAUUCAGCAGAAAGCCCCAUGCCUCACCUAGCGCACAGCGGGUGUGAAGGUUCCCUCAGUGCUGUACGGUCUGCGGGGUUGAACACAGACUCCACACGGCAUCAUGUGUCCACCGUGACGGUGCCAUCCCCGCAGCUCCCGGAUGACUUUUCAACGUUGAAACGAGACAGGAGGAAAGGAAGACCUCUUUUGACACUGAGAGGCUUGGAAAUACUUCGCUUUUUUCCUUUAACACGUGAGCAGGCCCUGGAGCCAGUAAGGACUCAUGUUAAGAAACACAGCACCACAGCCUUUGGGGAGAACAAGAUGAAACUGGCAGGAAGAUACGGAGCCAUCUUCAGGCUAGAGAUGAAGAGGCCCGAAGUGGAGCACACAGUGCAGAAAGAGGGAAGAGCAUCUCAGCGGAGGGAUCAGCAGGACAUGGCGACCGCUGGAUGA